AUGUCUAUUUCGACGGACCUCUAUAAUAAGACUACUAUGCGCUAUCGUUCUCUCCGCCGAUAUACAACCGUGACGCUGGCGGAUCCAUAUCGGGAUUAUCAGAUUGAUUAUUCGGCACAAGAGCAGUCGAAGGCUCAGGAACAACAAAGUCAACUGGUUUACCAAGCAAAUCAACAAUCUACAACGGCACUUCAUCAUGCGGCGAGGUCUGAUGUUGCCUUCCUCUCAGGUGGCCAGCAUCAUCAAUCCUUUCAGCAGCCGCAACAACAGCAACCAUCCCAUCACCACCACCAGCAAGCGUCGCCGCCUCAGCGGCAACAGCAACAGCACGGACAACACGGGCAGCCGGGCGUUGUUGCGUUGUCCUCUGCAGGAUCCCAUAACGCUGUACGCGACAUCCAACCACCUGUCUUACUCCCCGCGCAGAUGGUAGCACCCCAGCUUCCACCUCACUUUAACACCGGCCCGCUCCACCUACCAUCAUAUGCGACUAAGCGACACGGGACGAAAAGAGCGCGCAUCGAUGAAGGGUCUGGUGAACCAGGUGAUGAUCACACAGCAGGACUCAGUCUUUCAAUGCUCUCGGAUACAUCUCACGGGGAUGAGCGGCAGUCCACCGAUAUGCUCUUGUCUGCGCAAUCAGAUCCCACAUCGCAUCACCAGCCUCCCUCUCAACACGAAUACCAACAGACGCCCUCGCUGCACCAGCAACACCACCAUCACCAUCGAUUGCCUUCUCAAGCCACUCUCGUAGGCGCCCAGCGCUCCGAUGCAGAAUUGACAUCACCUGGGGGAGUGUCUGGGCCUCCAAGCGUGGUUGGCCAACCAGGGAUGCCGGAUCCCGCACCACGACCGCGAGGGCCCAAACUAAAAUUUACACCGGAAGAGGAUGCCCUGCUGGUAGAGCUGAAGGAAAAUAAGAACCUAACAUGGAAGCAAAUCGCUGAUUUCUUUCCUGGUCGGACCAGCGGCACAUUGCAGGUUCGCUACUGCACCAAAUUGAAAGCCAAGGCAACGGUCUGGACGGAUGAGAUGGUACAACGGUUGCGUAACGCGAUCCACGAGUACGAAAAUGACCGCUGGCGUGUGAUCGCGAAUAAGGUUGGAAGUGGGUUUUCACCUGCAGCCUGUCGAGACAAAGCCACAGAAUUAUAG